UUCCUUUAUUUGUAGUUUUCCAAACAAACCGAAUCACGAAGCAAAAUUAUUAUUAUUUUUUGAAACUUUUUGGUGAAUAAGGGAUAAACCCAAAAAAAAGAAAAAAAAAGAAGAAAAAUGAUGAGCCAUGAGAAUCAUGGCGACGAAGAUGCUUCUGGUUAUGCUGACCUGCGCGAAUCACGAGACGAAAUGGAAUCUCUCGCCCUCGACGAUUCAUCCAACGGCCCAGCAUCGUCGUCGUCGUUGACGGACCGCCAGAGUCGUCGGACAGCUUUCAACUCCAUCCUCGAACCCCCAUCCUACGCCGAAGCCAUUUUCACUUCCUUCGAUUCGUCCUCAUCCAACGGCUUCCACCGCAACCAGAACCUCCCCCCGAGACCCGACCCGUUUUCCCACUCCGACUUCUUGCGGAUAUGGGUUUCGGAUCCGCGGAAGGAGCAAGAGCUUGCCGCCAAUUCGCUUGUCCCUGGGGGAACCACUUACUACACGUACCUGAUCACGACGAGGACCAAUCUGCCCGAAUACGGCGGACCCGGAUCCGAAUUCAGCGUCCGGAGGAGGUUCAAGGACGUCGUGACGUUAUCGGACCGGUUGUCUGAAUCGUACAGGGGUUUCUUCGUGCCGAUUCGGCCCGAUAAGAGUUUGGUGGAUAGCCAAGUGAUGCAGAUGGGUCAGUUCGUGGAGCAGAGGAGGUCGGCAUUGGAAAAGUACUUGAACAGGCUGGCUUCGCACCCGGCCGUACAGAAGAGCGAGGAGCUGAGAGUGUUCCUGGUCGUGAAAGGGAAGCUGCCAUUGGCGAAGAGUAUCGACGUGGCGUCGAGGAUGCUGGACGGUGCCGUGAGGCUGCCGAAGCAGCUGCUGGGAGAUGCGGCGGCGGCGGCGGCGGCGACGGUGGAAGCGAGCCAAGCUACGCAGCCGGCGAGGGGGGGCAGGGACUUGCUGAGGAUGCUCAGGGAAUUGAAACAGUCGGUCGCUAACGACUGGGGGAGGGUCAAGCCUCUGGUUGUAGAGGAAGAUAAGGAGUUCUUGGAGAGGAAAGAAUGGCUUGUUGAGUUUGAGCACCACCUCAGCAAUAUUUCUAAAGAGGCCGAGACUCUGGUUAAAGCUCAGCAAGACACUGGAGAGACAAUGGGGGAGUUGGGUUUGGCGUUUGUAAAAUUGACCAAUUUUGAGACAGAGGAAGCUAUUUUGGAUUCUCAAAGAGUAAGAGCUACUGAUAUGAAAAAUUUGGCUACUGCUGCUGUUAAGGCAAGUAGAUUGUAUCGGGAAUUGAAUGCGCAGACAGUCAAGCAUUUGGAUAAGCUACAUGAAUAUUUAGGGGUAAUGUUAGCAGCCAAUGGUGCAUUUUCAGACAGAUCAAGUGCUUUACUAACAGUUCAGACUCUUUCGUCAGAUUUAGUUUCCUUGCAAUCUAGGAUUGAGAAGCUUGAAGCUGCCUCAUCGAAAAUAUUUGGUGGAGAUAGAUCAAGGAUGCGCAAAAUAGAGGACUUAAAAGAAACUGCUAGAGUUACUGAGGAUGCAAAAUCUUGUGCAGUCAGAGAAUAUGAACGGAUCAAGGACAAUAACAGGGAUGAGCUUGAAAGGUUUGACAAAGAGAGGCAUAUUGACUUCAUGGACAUGUUGAAAGGAUUUGUCCUUAAUCAGGCAGGUUACGCCGAGAAGAUGGCAAAUGCGUGGGAGAAUCUCGCAGAGGAAACUAUCAGAUAUGCUAGAGAUGGCAGCUGAAAAUUUUGGCUUUGAACUUUUGUUUUCAUAAUUUUCCAUUCAGCUUUCUUUGUAUCUAACUUACGAAACGCAGGAUAAAAAAUUCACAUCCCAUUGGUUGUACAUUCAACAAGUUUUAUCACACAAUCAAUUAGAUUAGGCUAUACUAAUACAAAUCUUAAUGCUCUUGUGUUACU